AUGAUCAGUCUUUUGCUGUUUAUCGCUUUCGUUAGCUAUAUUUUCUAUGAAAUGUACUGGAAACGACGAGCAUAUCCACCAGGCCCAAUUCCUCUACCAUUAGCUGGGAAUAUGAUUUCAUUCGGACUGAGCGAACCGCCUGGAUAUGAGAUCUUUGAUCGAUGGAGAAAGGAGUACGGACCGAUUUACACGUAUUGGAUGGGUCCAUUCCCGUUGGUGGUGAUUGCCGAUUACUCGUUGAUUAAAUCAACAAUCAUCAAAGAUGGAGAGAAAUACGCUGAUCGCUUCAUCACUGACAUGACUCCGUUGUAUAGAGGUGGUGAGUAUGGAGUGGUUGAGUCAUCCGGGGAUAAUUGGAGAGAAAUGAGACGUUUCACUCUGCACACAUUGAGAGAUUUUGGGAUGGGCAAAAAUUUGAUGGAGGAAAAGGUGAUGAGUGAAGUGCGAGCUCUUCUCGAUCGUACUUCUCAGAAAGAGGUUUCACCACAAUGGGAAAUCGAUAUAGCCGUCGGGUCAAUCAUCAACAAUGUUCUCUUUGGAUAUCGAUUUGAUGAGGAUAAACAGUCACAAUUCCGUGAAUUGAAAGAACUUCUUGGAGAACACAUGAAAACGGUAACCACCCUGUCUGCUGGAUUGGCCUUUACCUUGCCGUGGACUCGGAGUUUUCCCUUUGUCAGAGAGGCGAAAGAUAAAAUCUUCUACAUCCGGGAUCGUUUAUUCAGCUUUUUCCGUCAACAAAUCGAUGCCAAGAGACAGACGAUCGAUUAUGAUUCUGAAGAAAAUGAGGACCUUGUCGAGUGUUUUCUAAAGGAGCAAAAGAAACACGAAAAUGAACCGGAUAAUGGAUUUUAUAGCUCAAAGCAACUCGUGAACUUGUUGCUGGAUCUUUGGGUAGCAGGCAUGGAAACCACGUCGAACACCCUGACAUGGGGAAUCGCCUAUAUUCUGAACAAUAAAGAAGUCCAAAAGAGAAUUCACUCCGAAUUGGAUUCAGUGAUUAAAUCGGAUCGUUUGAUCACGUUGGCCGACAAAAAUCAUCUUCCAUAUUUGAAUGCAACGAUUAAUGAAAUUCAAAGAAUGGCCAAUCUUUUGCCGACAAAUCUUUUCCGAAAAACGACAGAAGAGGUGCAGGUGAUGGGGUACAAAAUACCGAAAGGUACCGGGAUUUGUCCACAGAUCGCAACGGUUCUCUAUGAUGAAAAGCUUUUCCCCUCCCCUCUUUCCUUCAAACCAGAGCGUUUUCUGAAUGAUGAUGGAUCGCUGAAAAAAGUCGAAGAAUUGGUGCCAUUUUCGAUUGGAAAAAGACAAUGUCCAGGAGAAGGAUUGGCAAGGAUGGAAUUGUUUCUAUUCUUGGCCAAUAUCUUCCAGAGAUUUGAGCUCUCAUCCACUUCACUGCCAUCGAUCAAAAAAUCUUUCGGCUUCACCGUUCAAUGUUCUCCAUAUAAAUGUGAAUUCAAGGAAAGGCGA